AUGGAGACUUCGACCUCAAGACAUGAGGAGAGAGUGAUUUACUCUCAGGACUCAGCCCCUGCCCAGGAAGGAGAUGACAAGACCAAGUUUCAGGAGUCACUGACAUUCAAGGACGUGGCUGUGGUCUUUACCGAGGAGGAGCUGGAACUGCUGGACUCGGCCCAGAGGAGGCUGUACCGAGACGUGAUGCUGGAGAACUUCAGGAACCUGGUCUCUGCGGGAGACACGAAUGAAGAGGAUAUAGAGUGUAUUCAAGAAAAUGAAUUAAAAGUCCUUUUACACAAAGAGCUGUCCUACUGGAAAGUCUGGGAACAGGUGACUGGUGAAUUAACUGGGAGUCAGGACCAUCAAGUAAAUCUUCAAGGGAGAGAUUUCCAGUUUUCGGAAUAUGCUUCUCACUAUCAAGGGUCAAAAGGCAAAUCUACUCAGGGUUUUCAAGUUGAGAAUCUGGUGGACGGUCUUCAAGGGAAGGGUGUCAUCAAUGUAGAGAGUCAAGAGUUUCCUACUUGGAAAGCUGUGAGCCCGGUCCCCAUUCAGGAGUCUUGGGCCCUUGUGAACGAGCCUUGGAAUGUUCAAGGAAGUGGUAAGAAAAUCGACACAGAAGCUGCACUGUAUAAAUGUGACUGGGGUGAGUAUGGCUUCAGCUGGAUGUCACAUCACCAUGGUGAUCGCAGACUACCUGAGGGAGAGAAACCUUAUGAAUGUGAUGAGUAUCGAAGACACUGCAUUGACAAGGGAAUACUUUAUCACCCUAACUCUAGCGGGAAUGGCUUUAAAGGUGAGGAAGGUGGGAAAGGCCUCAGGGAUGACUCAAAGCCUCCCAUUCAUCCACAAGUGCACUUGGAAGAGAAACACUAUGAUUAUCAGCAGGAUGUGAGACAGAAUGCCUUUCCUGUCAUACAUCAAAGCAUCCUCUUAGCAGUAGUAUCAUCUACAAAUAUUGGGUGUGGUCAGAACUCCAGGCAAAGUGUUGACCCUCUCAUGGUCUACACAGGAGAGAAACCCUAUACGUGUGCUGAGUGUGGGAAAGGCUUCUGGCGGAUUUCGGACCUUCAUAGUCACAAGAGAAUCCAUACUGGAAAGAGGCCUUAUGUAUGUGAUGUGUGUGGUAAAAGCUUCCUUUUCAGCUCUGACCUCCUCAUUCAUCAGAGAGUCCACACAGGAGAGAAACCCUAUAAAUGUGCUGAGUGUGGCAAAGCCUUCAGUUAUAGUUCAGUUCUUCUUACUCACCAGAGAAUCCACACAGGUGAGAAACCUUAUAAAUGUGAAGAGUGUGGUAAGGGCUUUAGGUGCACCUCAAAUCUUCACAAACAUCAGCGAGUCCACACAGGAAAGAAACCCUAUACAUGUGAUGAGUGUGGCAAGGGUUUCAGUUAUAGCUCAAAUCUUCGCACUCAUCAGAGAUUACACACAGGAGAGAAACCCUACACGUGUGUCGAGUGUGGAAGGGGCUUCAGAUUUGGCUCCGGUCUCCUGAGCCAUAAGAGAGUGCACACCAAAGAGAAACCAUAUACCUGUGAUGUAUGUGGGAAAAGCUACAGUCAGAGCUCCCAUCUUCAAGGCCAUCAGAGGGUCCACACUGGAGAGAAGCCCUAUAAGUGUGAAGUGUGUGGGAAGAGCUUUAGUCAGAGCUCCUCUCUUCAACUUCAUCAGAGAAUCCACACGGGAGAGAGACCCUAUAAGUGUGAGGAGUGUGGGAAAAGCUACAGUCGAAGGUCCUAUCUGCCAAUUCAUCAGAGAGUGCAUUUUAAGUGA